GACCUGUGGGAUCCCGCUGCACGAUCCUGUGAUCCAGAAUGUUCCCUGCGUUGCAUUAGGAGGGACCUGGGUUCAAGUCCUGACUUGUCACCGACUUACUGAGUGACCCGGGCUGGUCACGUCCCCUCUUGCAGUCUUCCAUCUCUUCAGGGAAGGGGUUGAACCAAUGAUUUAUAAGGAUGUUUCCUGCUCUGACGCUGUGAUUUGAGUUCUAGAUUUCCACGUGACAUUCGAGAAGUCUGGCUGGGAUGAGGAAUCUGAAAUGACAAUGGCUCUGGACUGGACUUUCUGCUCAGCCUAGCUCAUCUCCACUUGAGACUUAGUGUGGCCCAGCCCCCUGGACCACCUCGCUUUGCGUCUACUCCUCUCCCCGACCCCCACACGCACUCGCACCGGAGGGGCUUUCUCUUCCACAGCAAAGCCGGGAGAAGCCUUGGAUCCAGACCCCUUGUCCCAGACACAGAGGUAGCCAUGGGGGACUGUGCCAUUGUGACCGACACCAACAGCUCGUCUGGCCUUGAGAGCAACACCACGGGCAUCACGUCCUUCUCCAUGCCCGGCUGGCAGCUGGCACUGUGGGCCGCAGCCUACCUGGCCCUGGUGCUGGUAGCUGUGACGGGCAAUGCCACGGUCAUCUGGAUUAUCCUGGCCCAUCGGAGGAUGCGCACGGUCACCAACUACUUCAUCGUCAACCUGGCUCUGGCCGACCUCUGCAUGGCUGCCUUUAACGCUGCCUUCAACUUCGUCUACGCCAGCCACAACAUCUGGUACAUGGCCAUCGUCCACCCCUUCCGGCCACGGCUCUCAGCCUGCGGCACCAAAGCGGUUAUUGCUGGCAUCUGGCUGGUGGCCCUGGCCCUCGCCUUCCCCCAGUGCUUCUACUCCACCAUCACCAUGGACCAGGGAGCCACCAAGUGCGUGGUGGCCUGGCCCGAAGACAGCGGCGGCAAGACGCUCCUCCUGUACCACCUCGUGGUGAUCGCCCUCAUCUACUUCCUGCCCCUCGUGGUGAUGUUCGUCGCCUACAGCAUCAUCGGCCUCACGCUCUGGAGGCACGCAGUGCCCGGACACCAGGCGCACGGAGCCAACCUGCGCCACCUGCAGGCCAAGAAGAAGUUUGUGAAGACCAUGGUGCUGGUGGUGGUGACAUUCGCCGUCUGCUGGCUGCCCUACCACCUCUACUUCAUCCUGGGCAGCUUCCAAAAGGACAUCUACUGCCACAAGUUCAUCCAGCAGGUCUACCUGGCACUCUUCUGGCUGGCCAUGAGCUCCACCAUGUACAACCCCAUCAUCUACUGCUGCCUCAACGGCAGGUUCCGAUCUGGAUUCCGGCUUGCUUUCCGUUGCUGCCCCUGGGUCACGCCCACCGAGGAAGACAAGCUUGAGCUGACUCACACUCCGUCCCUCUCCAUGAGGGUCAACAGGUGUCACACUAAAGAGACUUUGUUCAUGGCCGGGGACGUGGCCCCCUCCGAGGCUACCAACGAGGAGGCUGGGGGUCCCCAAGAUGGGAUGCUGCUGUGGUCUGGAUAUGGUUGGUCUGUCCCCACCAAAACUUAUGUUGAAACUUGAUCCCCCCUGUGGCAGCACUGGGAGGUGGG